AUGUUAACAUCACCACUCACAAGUCAGUCCCUUUCAAUGUUAACAUCACCACUCACAAGUCAGUGCCUUUCAAUGUUAACAUCACCACUCACAAGUCAGUGCCUUUCAAUGUUAACAUCACCACUCACAAGUCAGUGCCUUUCAAUGUUAACAUCACCACUCACAAGUCAGUCCCUUUCAAUGUUAACAUCACCACUCACAAGUCAGUGCCUUUCAAUGUUAACAUCACCACUCACAAGUCAGUCCCUUUCAAUGUUAACAUCACCACUCACAAGUCAGUCCCUUUCAAUGUUAACAUCACCACUCACAAGUCAGUGCCUUUCAAUGUUAACAUCACCACUCACAAGUCAGUGCCUUUCAAUGUUAACAUCACCACUCACAAGUCAGUCCCUUUCAAUGUUAACAUCACCACUCACAAGUCAGUGCCUUUCAAUGUUAACAUCACCACUCACAAGUCAGUCCCUUUCAAUGUUAACAUCACCACUCACAAGUCAGUCCCUUUCAAUGUUAACAUCACCACUCACAAGUCAGUCCCUUUCAAUGUUAACAUCACCACUCACAAGUCAGUGCCUUUCAAUGUUAACAUCACCACUCACAAGUCAGAUUCCUAUCUCAUUUGCUGUUACACAGUCAUCCCUCAUCCACUGUUUAUAA